GCGCCAAGGCUGGGAAGCCCUAGAUGGGAAGGGUGGCUCUCUCUCCCUCUUUUUUUUUUGGGGGGGGGGGUUAACUUUGACAUACUAUCCAAAGGUUGUAGGGCAGAAGGAAUCCCCCUGAAACAGGGCGACCCUCUUCCAUCAUUGGCAAAGGAACAAUACCUAGAAUGAACUUCUUCUUAGACUAUGCCAUUUGUAACCGGGGGACCAGCGCCUACGCGCCCAAGGAUUACCAGCUCCUCGACCCAGGGACCUCUUCCUUCCCAGCUUGCUCAAGCAGUCCUCCUUCCUGUGACAACUACGCUUCCGAGGGACACUUUGGGGGGACAGGGGUUGGCGCUGGUGGGCCCCACGCCCACCCCCAGCCGAGUUCCUGCUACCCUCCUCCUCUCCCUCCCAACCCAGCUGGCCUGGGCAUCUCCUUCGCAGGGUCCUCUCAGCCGGGAGGAGGGGGAUUCUCGACCCCCAACUGCAACCCCAGCUUGGUCAGCCAGCAGUUCUACCUCAACCCGCAGGAGACGACGGAUGGAGCGUACUUCCAGCCCUCGGUCUACCCGAGCAAUGGGUCUUCUGCCACCACCUCUUCUUCCAGCCUGGGAGGCUUGUCCGAUGGGGGCUUCUGUGGCCAGUUCCAGCCGCAGCUGUAUGGGCCCGAGCCCGGUGGCUACUUGCCAGGGGGGGUUGGCAACCUUUCCCCGUCCUUGCAGGAGGACAAAGACCCGCGGCCUUGCUCGGCCCAGCUGUGCCCCAUGGCUUCCAGCAGCACCCAGACCUUUGACUGGAUGAAAGUGAAAAGGAACCUUCCCAAAACAGCUCGAGCAUCCGACUACGGCUUGGCGGUGCACCCCAGCACCAUCCGGACCAACUUCACCACCAAGCAGCUGACUGAGCUGGAGAAGGAGUUCCACUUCAGCAAGUACCUGACCCGAGCCAGGCGGGUGGAGAUCGCGGCCACCUUGGAGCUGAACGAGACCCAGGUGAAGAUCUGGUUCCAAAACCGGCGGAUGAAACAGAAGAAGAGGGAGAAGGAAGGCCUGGCCGGCUUCGCCUCGCUGGCCUCCUCCACGGCCAAGGAACCCAGCGAGACAGCCUCGGACAGAUCCAGCCGGUCCUCCACUCCCAACGCAUCCCCCAGCUCCGUGUCUUCUUGAAGGUCACCAAGGGGUUAACACACAGGGUCCUUCCCCUCCCCCCUAACCGUGACACUCACCCCCUCCCUUUAAGGAAGCAGCUACUUCUUGCACAGAACCUGGAUGUUUAUGUGCAGGCACAUGGCAUGCCCCUCAAGAUGACCAUGUUUCAAAAGCCGAGGUGGUCCCGUGGGCGUCUCCAAUAGACCCAGGCUCACAUCGCCAAGGCAUGCCAACUGGCACAAGCGGGAAGAGCCUCAUUCUUCCUCAUGCUUCCUGGCAUGGAGGGGGCUGCAGAUUUUCAACCCUAACCCCCCCCCCCCUCUGGACUUUUUGCUGUGACUGCAGGCUCACACAGAGCGCCGCUCUCCCCUGCCAUGGGUUUCACUGCUGAGGAAGAGGAGUUGCAAUCCAUCUUGCUGCCCCCUUGAAAGACAUGCCUGGGGGGGGGGGGGAAUCCCCUCUCUGACAGCCUCUUCUUGCAAAACAGCUGAGGGUUAAAGGCCUGGAGGGGAGCGGGAGCAGCCCUUCCCCACCGCUUCUGCAUUUGAAACCAUGACUCCCCCAACAGUGCCUGUCUCUUUAAUGCCCAGUGGGGCACUAUGACUCAUCUCAGGGGUGCUUCUUCCCUUCCUCAAAAGCCAGGCAAUGCACUGGAACACGCUCCCCCCCCCCCUUCUUAAGCAACUUGGGAUGCUCGAGCUUUCUUUUUGGUGACCGGAACAACUUUUUGGGGUUGCAGAGCCGUCACCUGUAGAUAACGGUUGUACAUUUUAUUUAAAGCAGUUCUACAGCAUGGAACGAGGCACACAUUCACUUGAUGCUUCGCAGAGGCCUUGGAAAAUCCCUUUUCUACCCCCACACCCAAAGUAUGUCAGCUUUGCACUAGUACAGAACUGUGCCUCACUCUUGGUAACAACCCCGGGACAGAUGGGUUGCUUGCAAUUUGCUAUCACGGAUCUCAUCUGGCUCAGAUGUGAAUGGCUCAGGUAGUUUACCGUUCCUAGCUAGCUUACGGAUCUUUCCGAUUUGCCUUUGAUAGCAGUAGUAAUGUUAUUGCGGAAUUAAUUAUAAUAAUUAUAUAAUGGUGGGACAGGGUCUAGCAGAAAGGGCUCAUCAUAUUGUCUAGAUAUUGCUUUGAUGGGAUCGUAGCCAGGAUUUAUUUUCACUGUUCAGAUGCCUUAUUUUGGAAGAACCCUUUCAACAGCCUUGUAAGGUAGGCCAGUCUUAUUCCCCCCCCACCUCCUCCAAUACUGAUAAUCCAAAAUCUUAUUUCAGUAUAUGAAAUGGGACAGUAUAUGUACUGAAUUUGAGUAUAUGUAACGGACAGAGGCCAAGAGUAAACAAGCUUUCCAGGGCAAAAGAAUAUGCAAACAUCCAGAUCUCAUAGAACUCUAAGCCAAGAAAAUAUUGCUUUAGUAUAAAGGCGCUCCUUCCCUUGUCAGGCAGGAUACCAUCUAAACCCAGCAUAUUUCAGAAUUGUGAGACUGCACCCAGUCUCUCCAGCAGCCAAAAGAGAUAUCAUCAAGGAGUGCUUGAAAUGUUGCCCAGGGGGAGGGAGAUUGGGGUGCAGAGAAGCUCAUCUGCAGCAAGAGGACAAAACAAACACUCCCAGCCUUCAAGCGUGGUCUGCUGGACGUAAGGGCUUUCUAUAGGAAAUAUAUGUGGGUUGGAGGUCAGAGCUGGCUCAAACUCUCAAGAAGUUCUCCAGCACACUGACCCUGUGUGGUGUAGACGGCCAGCGUGGUGUAGUGGUUAAGAGCAGGUGCGCUCUAAUCUGGAGAACUGGGUUUUGAUUCCCCGCUCUGCCACUUGAGCUGUGGAGGCUUAUCUGGUGAACUAGAUUAGCUUGUGCACUCCAA